ACGACUACUAUUCGAAACAACGAAGAAGAACAGCUUUGAGUAUUUCCGGUUAGCAAAGAUGGCUCAAGGUACCAAGAAGUUUAAAACUCAGCGGCCAGGAGUCACUAAAAAAACCCAUCAAAACAAGCUGAAAGGACCGAGGAAAGGAGGGAGGAUCAUUGCACCUAAGAAGGCUCAAGUCGUUGAGCAACAGAAGCUGAAGAAGGGUCUAGAGAUUGCCAUCAGGAACAAGAUUGAGAAGGACGUGACCCACAAGGCGAGCUUAUCCCUCCACAAGCCACUGAGUGUGGUCAAAGGAGCCGAACGCAAAGGAGCCGAAGGUAAAGGAGCCGAAGGUAAAGGCAACCCAGAAGCAGCCCGUCCAGGAACCAGCUCCAAAUAGGGCUUGAUACACAGACCUGAGGUCGAGCGGGCUAAACCCCUCAUGGGAUCAGUGAUCUACGAUUGUUCCUCUGAUUCAUAUUUAGAAUACAUGCCAGCGCUGUGUUGUUGUUUUUAUCCCUGAAUGUUUCGGCUGCUCUUCAAGCUGAAAUAGUCACAACACUUCUUGCACAAAUGCUAAUUAUUUGCUUUUCAGUUCACAAAGAAAUGUAUAGAAUCUAGAUAUCAUAGAUUACAUUCUGGAAAUGGCAUGUGUCACGUGAUCGUGGGAGUUACAUAAACCUCCAAUAGGGAGCACGAUACAGCUUCAUUGACUCUCACAGAGUUGUUUGCUUGUUUUUUGUUGUAAAAAUCUUGACUGAAACCAACAUCAGAAACCAUGAUUUUAUGACCUUUGGGUUGUACCUCUGUAAAACGGGUUUAACAUUCUGUUGUAUGAUUGUACAGAAAACAAUGAAUAAUCAGAGUAAACAACUAUGAAUCUUAAA